GAUGCGGGAAGGAAAUAGCGUUUAUCAGGACAGUUGUGCAAAAUGAACAGCAGCUUCCUCAUUUAUUGCUGCAUGUGUUUCCUUGUACAAAAGUUCCUUCGCUGAAGUAGGUUGACGAAAAUCAGCAGAAUAAACCACAAUAAGUCUUUCUCCAUGUUCAGAUGGGAUACAUGACUAUAGAGGAGCACAGCUCCACCGUGCUCCACCUGAAGAGGUCCCCCGGGAUCCGGUCCUGGUCUCUGCUUGUUGGCAUAGCCUCUGUUGGCUUGGCAGCUGCUUACUAUAGCUCAGACAGUAUCCCCUGGAAGGUUUUCUACAUCGCUGGCUGCCUCUUUGUGGCCAUGCAGAACAUGGAGGAGUGGGAGGAAGCAGUAUUUGACAAAACCAAGAACUUGAUUGAGCUCAAGACGUUUAGCUUGUAUACCUAUGUCCUUACGUUAUGGAGGAAGGGCCAAGAGAAAGUUGUGUUGGACCUGACGCACCUUCAUGACAUCUGUGUCCAAGAGGAGAGGGUUCGUUACUUGGGGAAAGGCUAUUUGUUGAUGCUGCGGCUGGCGACGGGUUUCUCCUACCCCCUCACCCAAAGUGCUACACUGGGAGGACGUAGUGAUGUGGAGGCAGUGGCAGCAUUGCUAAAACGCUUUCUGGGUGUGGAGGAGCUGCAGCGGUGCAGGCACCAGGAGGAAAAGGCAGAGUUUGGAGAAGAUGAGGAUGAAGAAGGAGAUUCUUUGGACAACAGCAGCGAGUCAGUGGAUGAAGAUGAACUUUGACCUCUGUGUGACACACACUUGUAUUGUAAGUUUAGGUGGAUUGAAAUGCAUUACAGAGGUUAUGGAUUUAAUAAGUUAAUUUAGCACAUGCAUGCGAAGUUAGUUCCUCCCUACAGCAUUACUUCAUAAGUCAGAAAAGGUUAAGGCAGC